AACAUGCUUCGGUAUGGUCGUACUUUAAGCAAAUAACGAUAUAACAAGCAAUACGAAAAUUCGAAAACAGAUCCCGCCAAUCCAAAAAUUCAACGGGACUUCUAACUGACCAACGAAAUAUAUUCGGUUGAAAAUGCGAAAAUGAAAUAGACUGAAUUGAAAUAAACGAUAAAUCGGAUUGUACGUGAUAGUGUUUUGAAUUGAGGAUCGACCAAAAACGGUUUGCUAGUGCGUUAAGUUCAUUGAAUCGAAAGACACUUUAUUACCCUCUGAUAUGUGUGCGUCAGAUCUAUUUUCCGGUCAAUGGUAAAGAGUGUGUGUUUGAGAGAGAGAGAGGGGAAAGAGUUCGAGUAUCAAAUCGAAUGUAGUAUUUCUGGUGCAAAACCGAAAAUCAUAUUAGAUGCUCACAUCAAAAUACAUAAACGUUUUUACCGAGAAACCAAAUCAGCAAUAAAAAACGAAACUUUUUGGCUAUGAUUUAGUAGCAAGUGUGAAACGAUUCGAUUUCGAGCUAUGUGACCAAAUAAAAUGGAAUUUCAUUUCUCGACAUUUGACUAAAGUACACAUUGAAUACAUAGUCGAAAUCGCACACCCAUUUCCAAACUACAAAUAAUAAUUAUCAACGAAGCCAACGAAUUGAAAGAAUAAACGCUGAACGGAAAACUAAGAAAGUUUUAAACUGACGACAAACGGAAGUUCCAACAGAAAACUACGAAUUUAUUCCAAUUGCUAUCGAACCUUUCUGCUGUUUUCGCUGUUAAUUUGAUGGGUAACAAAUAUUGGUAGUUUUCGGAAGUGGUACGGUGCACCGGGCAAUGGAAUUUCAACAGUUUCAUAACUAAUGCGCUCGCGUACAAUCCAACAUACUUUUAUUGAAGUGAGAUAGUGAAACCAAUUUAUUCAAUACUUUCAGUUGCUUUCGAUUUAAUCACAUACACACACACGCGCGCGCCUUCGCUUUACCAUUAUCGGAUGUGUCACAAAAUUUUUGUGCAACGGACAUUGGUCAGUCACUUCAGUUAAUAAUUUUGGUAGUGGCUUGAAAUCAUGUGAAUUUCACAUACACUAUAUAGGCUACGUACCACGGCACAUCAUUGCCAAUACUAAAAUUUGCAAGAACACAUUCGACAUAAUACAUGCUGGUGACCGUUAUUUUGUGCUAUCGUUAUUAUAUGUAUGUGACUGAUGUAUGAAUAACCUAUAAUACGAUUAAAGCAUAACCGAAACAGUAAAAUAACGUUAGAAAAUACUACCUGCAUUCAAUCGUAAAUAGCACAGUACAUCAUGUAUUACAUGUGAUAUCACUAGACUACUGACUGAGCAAUAGACAACAGCAACACCAACGAAAAACUUAUUAAAUGAACAUAAAUCCAAGAAAGAACCAUGAAUAACGUUACGUUGAAUGGAAUUCAGUGUGACAAACACUAACGACAAUUCACCCAUUUUAUUCUGUUUAUUAAAGCCUAAAGCAAUAUUCAAACAUCGUUAUAUCACGUUCUCGCAUUUAUUUUAUCAUAGCUCAUAGAAAAUUUUGUGAGCAAGUGUGUUUGUGUGCAUGGUGGCGAGUAAUGCGGCUUUUGGCAUCGAACAGGCCAUAAUUCACUAGAGCGGCUUAAAAGCCAUAAUACUAAAUAGAAACGAUUGUACAGUGGUCAUCAAAGACAAGACAAUCGGAUUCGAAGGACCAUGAUAAAUGUAAACAAAAUCAAAUUGACUGAGCCAAACGACAAGAAAAAUGUAAUAAGCUAAGAAUCAACGUCAAUACAUCGGAAAAACAACAACAACAACAGUUUAACACAACCGCAGGAGCAAAAGUAAUAACAACAGCAAUAUGAGUAUGAGCAUAUCACUUUAACGAUUUCAAUAUAAAAGAGGAAAAGCCAAUGUCAAAGCAAAAAACCGAGACCGAAGAAAUGCUGAUGCCAGAUUUAAUGCUUACGAUAUUAUUACAACUGCUUACAUAGACUAGAAUCAAACUACCGCACAUUUAUAACAUACAUUGUGUAUGCGAAACAUACAAAUAAAUUUUUCAUCGACUGGAGUAAGUGCGUCAAUUUUGAUGGUGUAAAAUUUUUGAUGAAAAGUGUUUGUGUGUGUUUGAGUACGUUGUGACAGUUUUUCGGUCAACUUAAAUAUAGUUAAGUAACUAUAGCGGUGCAAGAGCGUGCUGUGCUGUCAUUGCUAUUUAUUCGGUGGUGUUAAAAAUAACGACAAUAAUUUUAUUGGAUUAGAAAAUUAUGGAAUCAACAAAUCGACGACGAAGACGGCAAAAAGGCUAUCCAUGUAAUGCACUUCGCUUACUUAUCCGUUUGUGGGGUAUCAUAACGAGCACUGUUCUAAUUGGAGUUGGAAUAGAUAUUGAAUAUCAUGGUAAACCAGCCGGAAUAUAUUUAAUUUUUGCUUCAAUUGUGGUUUUCAUUCUGGAAACAAAAUGGGUUCUCACCCUGUUCGUUGAUUUGCUAAGUGGCGGAAAUGAUGCGGCCGCAUAUUGUUCGUGCUGUAGGCGAAUAAAUAAUUUUUUAAGUGGAUGGAGAUUGUCACCGUUCUACAUAUCCCUAGGCGUUGCACUGUUGAUGUGGCCGAAUUCAUUAUGGCUAAGCUCCGUUGUGGGUAUCCAAUUGCUCGUUUUGGCCAUUCUGCGACUUUUCACCGUUUUUCGUUACCAAAGUAAUACGAUUAAGUGUGAAAGUCUCCUACAAAAACAGCCCACCAAUCGUGAAUAUUUCGAAAAGUUAGAUAACGUUUCAGAUGUUAUAGAUGAUAGUAUGCCAGCACAUGGUCGGACACUGGACGGAGAUGAGCUCAUCGACGAUGUUUAACGGCACAUCGUUUCUCUCGUAUAUGUCUAUAUCAACGGUGUAUCCAAAAUAGCGGUAUAUUCGAAAAAACAAGCAUCAUCGGUAUAUUCAAAUGAAUAAAAGAGAGAAUAAAACACAAAAAGCGUGACAAUAAUUUCUACGUCUAAGUUGGAAUGGUUUACGAUGGCGCGAAAAGUGCGUGAAUCACAAAGGAUUGCUAAAGCUUAAACAUACAAAAGGGGUUUUGGAUUGGGUUUUUUUUUACGUUGAUCUGAUUUUAUUUUUUUUCAUUCUGUAUUCAGGUUACGGUAAAUAGAAGCAUAAAAAUGGCUUAGCAUUACAUUAAGCUUAGUUAAUUAAUGUUGAAUGUUCAAAGUUGGAUGGCAAACGAUUGAAGAAUCUCAACAUGUUUGCGUUAACAAAAAAGAAUCCUAUUCAAUAUACAUACAAUAUCACACCAUUUCACUAUAUAUAUAUACAUUCGGGUGUUACCGUUUUUUUUUUUCAAAACAAAUUACAGGUGGCAGUGAAAAAAUUGGCAAUACAGUGGUCUUAUGUAAAACCAAUCAACCAAUGAAAUGGGAUUUAAAUGAGUUUCUAUAAUUCCACCAUUCCAAUAACAUUUGUUCGAGAAAAUUAUUAUGGAAACUUGAACAUUUUUUUCUUGUUAUAUUAAAGAAUUUUCCUUGAAACACAAUUUAUCCGAGAAAUUAAAAGAAUUUUAUUCGAUUUUAGAAGUUGGACUGUAGGAAAUUUAUUGUAAAAAAACUGCAUAAAUACUUUUGGUUCGUUGUAAUAUUUAUAUUUGUUUUUGAAUUUAAACUUUCUAAAUGAACAUCGUCAGUAUCUUACAACCAAUCGAAUAGUCUUUCUUUGAUUAAUUGUCUUGUUUUUCGGGGGGACGAAUAAGUAUUGAAAUAUCAAAAAUACCGACGAGUAUUAAAAUAUGAUCGAAAGUAGCGAAAAAAUAAAAGUUAAGAAUUUCAAAAAACAUGGACAAAAACAAAACAAUUUAAACAUUUUAAGUGAAAGAAAUUGUCUUUUUCACCCCUCCACCCAGGUUUGUACCUGUUGUUUGUACUUUUCGUCAUAUUUUAAUACUUAUAGUACUAGUUAACUUUGUCCCAUUCAGUGUAUCGUACAGCAAAAAUGUCAUAUACUUUCGCUUGAGUUUUUGAAUAAAUCUGUGUAGCACCCUAUAUACUUUAUACCUGUAUGGAACCCAAUGAAAUAAUUUAUCUUAAUUGUUAUUCUGUGCUAUACAUUUAGUAACGUUGUUUUAAACUUUUUUACCGUGUUUUCGACAUACAUAAGCACUUCCGAAACUUUCAAAUCAAAUCUAUAUAUGGUGGCACAAACCGAAACCAAAGCCAAAACCAAAAUCUUUUUUUUUUCAGCUAUCUUAUUAUUUUAACAUAUUUCUUUUUUUUCUUAUUAGUUUUCUUUUUUUUUGUUGGAGGGUAAAUUAAAAGAAAAAAAACCAAUCUUCUGCUUUGCAAUGUAGCUAAGAUUUCUUAUUGUCCCACGCUAUCAGAAAGUGUUUUGAACAAAAACGAAUCAAAACAAAAAUGCUAAUCUAAACAGGAGAAUCCAAUUAAUUUUAAUUUUGAUGGAGAGUCGUGCCUUAUGAAAAUACAAAUAAAAUUUUUGAGAUUCCAUCUCUGUUACUCUUUUUCUCUCAGUGAGAGUGAGUCUCACUUAAAUUCUCGAAACAUUCACUAACCAAAAUUAAAUGGAAACAAAAACCCAUUUGAAACUUUAUGUAAUGAAACAUAAACUCCCUUGUCUUAAAUACGCAUAAAACUAUAUACAUAUAUAUCUGUUGAAUAACUUAUGCGAAGAGAGGAAAAGAGCAUUGAAUCACUAGAUAUAUAUAAAUAUAGCAGAUAUAUGCAAGAACUUCAUCACAAUGUUGAAUUUAAUUUUAGUUCAUAAAUGUUUAUGAUCAAUAUCCUUUAGAGAAAAAUUAAAAAAAAAAAAAUAAAGAAAGAAAAUAAGAAAGAAACUUCUGUAUAUAUUGUAAAUGGGACAAUUAAAAGAAGAAAAAAAUGAAAUAGAAUAAAAAGCAACCACCCUUAGUGAUAACACAUUAGCAUAAAUGUAAUUUCAAAGAUAAUUGUUUGGAAAUGGAUUUAUUUAUAGCUUUAAGUGUAAAACAGACAAAGUGUGAAACAAUUGAUGAAUUGUUUUCAUCAAGUAAAUAAAUAGAAUUAAAAACAAAAGAUGCACAUCAACCAUUUAGAAAUCUCAUCUCAACGAUAUAUACUGUAUGUAUAAAUAAAUACGAAAUAGAUUUUCAUUUCUUAUCCACUCGUUCUAUCGACGAAACACUAUAACUAUAGUAUAUAUACAUAUGAAAGAUGGUAAAGUUUAUUUAUAGUUUAAAUAGAGGCGACCAUGGGUCGAACUCAACUUCUUCAAAGUCAACAACAAACACAUAUACAACACAAAACUAAUGGUCAAUACUUACUCAUAUUUUUUGUUCGUUAAUAUUAUUGUAAAAGUUUGAAACUAUACUCAC